CGCUGCAGUUUACUUAAAUGGCGAAAUAAGUUAGGAAUAGGGUAAACACUCGUGAACGCUGAUCAAUUGAUUCGAAUCGAAUUGACGUAUACGUGCGAAAUAUUGUAGUUGAUUUAAUAUUCUAUUAAAAUGCCGAUCCUGGAUAAAAGAAAGGGGGAUGAUAUAUUGGCAUUGGUUCCCGCUUCAAAGAGAACCAAGAAUGAAGUUGUUUUCAGUAGCAGAGAGAAGGCGGUUGUGCAAAGCGGCCCACCGCGAACUUCCUCUCUAAUGGCGAUGAUAAUGUUGCUCGAGGGACACCAAGGAGAUAUUUUUUCUCUGGAGUUCCAUCCGGAGGGGCAGUAUCUCGCAUCCACAGGAUUCGACCGACAAAUCUUUAUCUGGAAUGUUUACGGAGAAUGUGAGAACAUUGGUGUCAUGACUGGACAUAGCGGUGCUGUGAUGGAAUUACACUUUAGCCCAGAUGGCAAUUACUUGUAUACAGCUAGUACAGACAUGACGCUGGGUUUGUGGGACAUAGUAGCAGGAAUAAGAAUUAAGAAAUUGAAGGGACAUACUGCAUUUGUAAAUUCUGUAUCGGGUGCGCGAAGAGGACCUACACUGCUUUGCUCAGGUAGCGACGAUAGUACAAUACGUAUUUGGGAUCCCAGAAAGCGACGUCCAUGUUACACAUUGAAUAAUACAUAUCAGGUAACUGCGGUGACGUUCAAUGAUACAGCUGAACAAGUGAUUAGUGGUGGUAUUGACAAUGAUAUUAAAGUAUGGGACCUCCGAAAAAAUGCGGUGCUUUACAAAUUGAAAGGACACACGGAUACCAUUACCGGACUAAGUCUCAGCCCUGAUGGAUCGUACAUUCUUUCCAAUGCUAUGGAUAACACAUUAAAGAUAUGGGAUGUAAGGCCAUUUGCGCCUUAUGAACGCUGUGUGAAAAUAUUGUCUGGGCAUCAACAUAACUUUGAAAAGAAUCUUUUGAGAUGUGCAUGGUCACCAGACGGUAGUAAGGUAUCUGCAGGAUCCUCCGACAGAUAUCACUAUAUCUGGGAUACCACAAGUCGUAGAAUAUUAUACAAAUUGCCAGGACACAAUGGGUCUGUAAACGACAUUGAUUUUCAUCCGAAGGAGCCUAUAGUAUGUUCUGGAUCUAGCGACAAGCAAAUCUACUUGGGUGAAAUUGAGGCUUAAUAAAAUUGAAUUCAUAUAUUGAGCUGUAUACAUAUUUAUAUAUUUGUAUAAUAAAAAUAGAAAUGG